AUGUGCGACAUAGCCGUUGGUGCAGCAACUGGAAAAUGUGUCGAAUAUCUCUCAGUCAAGGCAGGUCAAACCAUCUCCGCUUGCACGAUACUCGCAGGAGCCACUUUUGGCCAAACUCUUCUCUGUGAAUCAACCCUCUGCGCAAAGCUCGAUGAAGUCUUCAAGUGUCUUGAUUCAGUAAAGAGUGACAACGGUGUCCCAAUAAAAUGCGAAAACCCAAAUGAAUAUGAUGAUGGAUGCAAUUCCAAAAAAGACAGCAUCUCAGGCACUAAACUCGCCAAUUUAUGCCUUUGUGGAAAUAAUAAAGCUGGCGAAGCUUAUUGCGAUCUCUUCCCUGAUGACAGCCACUUUCAGUCUUACUUGAAGUACACAAAGAAGUGGUUUUCAAGUUCUGGAAUAAAUAAAUGCAACACUAGAGGAAGACUUGACGAUUUAUGCCAAAAAGCUUGGUGGGACAAGAGCAACAUUGAAGCCUGGACAUACUACAACUUACUAGCUAAUAACUAUCCAGCUGUUUACAAUGCAGAAGAGUGCGUUCUAGAAAAUGUAGCUGCAGCUUAUAAAGCAGCUAAGGAUGCAUACGAUAGCUCAGCAGCUAUUUUCACCCUAUCAGCCUUCAUUUGCCUAAUCUUAAGCUAA